UGCACCAGAAAAAACAAUUGCAAUUGCCCAGGAUCAUGGCUUGCAAACGCAGCGCCUCAGCUCGCUACAGGCGCCUUGCGGUCGCUUUGCCUUUCCUCUUGGUCUUCGGCUUCCACGGCGUGACCUUCAACAUCCCAAAGCGCAUGCAUGAAGUUGCCCAAGACAAGGGCAUCAGUGACAUUGAAUACUUGCAAGGGGUCAGCGCGGCAGCAGAGUCUUACAAAAAGAGCGACCAGAUUGCUGGACGAACUGGCUUCAUCAAAGCACUGCAGAAGGCCAUGCAAAAAUCGGGCUUGUACCUUGUCAUUGGAGGCAAGUCCCUUGGCAAGACCAAGAUUAUGCAAAAGAUGGAUCAAGUUGUCGCCGCUUACUCCCCGUUGCUCUACGUCAACAUGCGCCACCCACCCCAGCCCGAGUCAACGGAUGCUUUGGAAUGCCUUCAAGCCAAAGUGCAAAGAAUGUGCCCCCUUGGGCGGGGAAAGUGGCUGACGUCAUGAUUGCCCUUGCUCGAGUAGUUGGCAAGGAGAGCUUGAAGAAGGGUGAUGCGGAGGGUGGAGUGGAACUUGCUUUUUCCGAAUUGCUGAAUGUGCCCAAGCCGCAAGAGUUUCUCUGGGCUUUUGUUGAUGCGGCAGUUGCAAUGAAACAGAUCCCGACAAUGAUCAUCGACGAAGCCAACAUUGCUUUUCCGAACACGAAUGGCAAUGGAGACAGCAAAUCCAAGAGGGAAGCAGCCUCACGGGCCCUUGUCACCUUUGUGGCAAUGACAAAGGAAAGCUGCAAGGCUUGCGUCAUCUUGCCUGCCGCCGAUUUCGCCUUCCCACGGGGCCUAGAAACACUUGGUUUGAACAAGUUCGAUGUCCUUCAGACAAUCGUGAUUCCGGAGGUUGAAAGGGAGCCAAUGCUGGCUUUGCUGACAGAGUGGGGUUUGCCUCGGGAUGUGGCGGAGGAGUUCUACAUGAUCUUCGGCGGCAACAUACUUCUCUGCCAGCAGGCAAUCGAUAAGCUUCUUGAGCAGUUCGAGCUUGGUGCAGAAGACUCCUUCGACCCCUUCAGCGUCCGAGGUACAGACGGGCUGGCUGGUUUGGCCAAAGACCCGCUCACCCGUGAACACUUGGAGAACCUUGCGCGACAGGGGUGGUCCCCCAUCGAGGAAGGCAGCGCAGACGGGGAGACGGAGAGCCAGAAGGGCGCCCGCAUCAUCGCCAAGAAGAACUUCGGCGGCGUCAUCAACAGAGAGACGACCACCUUUUUGGACCAAGACUUGAAGGAUGACAUGUUCAGCAACAGAAGCACGACGCAGGUGCUCAUCCCGGCCACAAGCUACCUGCGCAACUGUAUCAAGGUUUACGUUGAAGCAUGUGAGCCCAGCAGUGCUGCCUCGCAACCAUCCGCUGCGGUGUGGGUCUGUCAGCUGGGAAGCCCUGACGGCAAGGAGCCUGAGACCAUUGGCAGCGCGUUCAAAAUCACUGCUAGUGUUUUAGAUGUGGAUGACUUGAAGAAGGCUAUCAAGCAGGAGAACCCAAAUACUGUAUUCUGCGAUGCCCAUCAACUCGACAUUUACAGCAAAGAGGACGGCCGCUGGGUCAAAGAAGCAAGGAUGUCAGCAAGUUUGCGCGAGACAGAUGAGGCAGACUGCUACGGAUUCACGUUACCAGCUGGAGCUGCUGGAGCCGCAUAGUUUGAGGCUACUGUUGGCUGUUGCUGUUCUCGGCUGAGGCAAUGCUGGGGCACAACGUUUCACCUCGUGCAGUGACAAAAGGGUGCAGUCGCAGGCACAGUUGUUUCGUUGCAGCGCGACUUUGCUUGACUGUUGAAGCUUGAGGGAGGUCAAUGUUCACACUUUUGAACAGCAGGCUGCGGUGUUCAAGUCAAGCAGGGAAUGCCUGCAACGGGUACAGGACCAGCAACAGUUGCCAGCGCUGGUCAACAGCUGUUUCACCGAGGCGUUCCGCCCUGUGCCAAAGUGCGCGGACGCAGUACCAACCAGUUUGAAGAUGCGUGGAG